UACUGUAUUGCGGCAGGAGUGGACUUCCUUGAUAUUACGUCACUUCCGUUAUUAUGAAGCACGAAGCAGGAAAAACAGAAAAACUGACCUGACAAGAAUUUUUGGAUGAAGGUGACCUGUUUGAGGCCCACAUGGCGAUAGGGCUGUUCAGUUUCUCCCCUGGAGACCCUCGUAGACUGGUGUUCGGGGUUCUGUUGUUACUGUUGGUGGAUGCUAUCUGGGUCGGCUCGUCAGAACUCACUAAGUACAUCUAUCAGAAUGCUGGCUUUGACAAGCCCUACUUCAGCACCUAUGCCAAGACAUCUAUGUUUAUCCUGUACCUGGGUGGGUUCCUGUUCUGGAGACCCUGGAGAGAACAAUGCUGCAGCCAUGUUAGGAAGUCUGACAACAGUAGCACACACAAUGGAACAGUGGUUGUAGAUGCAGACAACAAUGAAACUAGCUCUGAUCCAGAUCAAGAUCUGUCAGAUGAUGGACGUGACUCAAAAUUGAGUGAGCCCCUGUACGUCCCCAUCAAGCUGAGUGACAGUGAGAGGAGCAGUGUAGCAAGUGACCUGGACAAACUAGAGUCAGUGGAAACAAGUCCAGCUCUUCUAAAAAAGAAAGGCAAAGUGCGGUUCAGUAACCUGUUAGAAGUGAGACACAUGUCAGACACUGAAGCAGAAGCAGCUAAUCUUGCCAGAAUGUCCUACACAGCCUCUCUCAGGCUGGAGGAGUCUCACAGUAGAAGUGCUAACAAACUCCACCCUAAACAAGUGGCCAAGAUAGCAUUGCUGUUCUGUAUACCGUGGUUCCUUGGUAAUCUGUCAUAUCAAGAGGCUCUGGACGACACACAGGCUGCUGUAGUCAACAUACUGUCAUCUACCUCAGGCCUGUUUACCUUGGUUCUGGCAGCACUGUUUCCCAGCUCAUAUGGAGACAAAUUUACAGCGUCCAAGUUGGUUGCCGUUCUCUUAAGUAUUGGUGGCAUCGUGCUGGUGUCCAUGUCUCACUCCAGUCAGCAGGACCAGCUACAGCUGGGCGCUCUCUGGGCGCUGUGCGGGGCGGCGCUGUACGCCGUGUACCUCGUCAUGCUGAAGAAGAAAGUAGAUAACGAGGAGAGACUGGAUAUUCCAAUGUUUUUUGGAUUUGUGGGCAUGUUCAACAUGGUGUUGCUGUGGCCUGGCCUCUUGGUGCUUCACCAUUUGAAGCUGGAGUCAUUUGUGUGGCCAACUCCACAACAGUGGAUGUACUUAGCUUUAAACGGGCUGAUUGGGACAGUUCUGUCAGAAUUCCUGUGGUUGUGGGGCUGUUUCCUUACAUCAUCACUGAUAGCAACCCUGUCUCUCAGCCUCACCAUUCCUCUUACAGUCAUUGUGGACAUAUUCCUCAAAAAGGUGUCUUUUAAUUGGAUGUUCUUCAUGGGAAUCCCUCCUGUCUUCAUCUCCUUUUUCGCCGUGACGUUCCUGUCUCACUGGGAUGACUGGGACCCUGUCAUGGUGGCCGUCAAGAAAGUUAUACAUUGUUUCUGUCACUGUAGAAGAAGAGCUCAUGCAAGGACUCCGGAGGAUUUGGAGCAGAGGGAAAGUCUGAUAGGGAUAGAAGAUGGAGCUGGAAAUCAGGAGGAAAUGGAAGAUUGUUCAUAACAACAUCACUACAGGACACACCUUUAGUCUGAUAGAACAGUCUCAAGCACAUAUUGAAUAGGAACUUCUGAAAGUCCCAUCCAAGUUGGAUGUAAUCCAUACUAAUGUGAAGACAGUGGGCAAUGGCAUGCAAUGGCUGUUCUAUUAGGGGAGGGGUCUGGUUACCGGUAGUCCAAACAACUCAGGUAUAAGAACAUUGGCAGUUGUUCUAAAACUGCCCCACAAUAUGAUCCCUCAACAACAUCAGUAUGGAGUGAAAAUUUAACUGUUCUCCAACUCAAAAGGAUUUGACUCACUGGGAUCUUCGACGGAAUCUCUCAAUCUCCAACAUGUGGAUGUGUGGUGAGACCUCAGAACAUCCUUGUCUCAACCAAAUACCGACCAACUUUGACCCAGUGUUGACGUCGGAUCACAUGAAAAAUCACGUGUCUACAACACGUAGGCCACACCAAUUUAAUUUGUUGGUUCUC